AUGAGUCAGACCCAGUCUUCACCCACAGCCAUCCAAUGGGUCAUCGACACUCGUCCUCUGUGGCCUUCAGCCCUCAAGACUCAAGAUCUUACCACCAGUGUGAGUGUUUCAUUCACAGGCCUUAACCUGAUACUCAUUGUUUCUCCUCAGGCUUCGCGUGCUCUUUAUCUUCUCACCACUGAGGAACAAGCCGCUGUUCUGAGAUAUUACCACGUUCGCGACGCUAAGCUUGCUCUCGCUUCUGCACUUCUUAAGCGCUAUGUUAUAUCUCGCUUCUGCCAGGUCCCCUGGUCUGAAGCCAAGACUACCCGAGACGCCCGAACCAAACCCGUGUUUAUCUCGCCAAGCGGCGACGAGCCACUCAUCUUCAACAUCUCGCAUCAGGCCGGUCUCGCAGUUCUCCUAGCCGUCCACAAUCCCCCCGAGGGACUUGCUGUGGGGGUGGAUGUUGUUUGCCCGACAGAACGUAGGGAUCGUGAUCUACGUAGCUUAGCGGAUGAGGGGUGGCCGAGUUUCGUCGACAUGCAUGCCGAUGUCUUUGGCCCGGGGGAAGUGGCAGCGCUGAAGCACAUGAACCCCGGAACAGCCAUAUCCGAGCGGGAUCGUGCGUUGCGCUACUUCUACGCGCUUUGGUGUUUGAGGGAAGCCUACGUUAAGAUGACGGGGGAUGCCCUUCUGGCGAGCUGGCUAAAGGAUCUCGAGAUGCGAGAUUUUGCUCCACCCGAAGAUAUGCGAAAAGCCCAGGAGGCUUGGCUAAGAGGAAGAAAGGUUAACGGCGUGGAUCUGAAACUCAUGCCAUUUUUAGGAGAAUACAUGAUAUCAACUGCGGUAAGGCAUGGGCUCAACGGAGAGACUGUUGGGUUGAAAGACUUUCAAAGUCUUGACAUGGAGGAAGUAUUGACAUUUGGAGAAAAGUUACCCAGUCUAUGA